GUAUUAUGAGUGCACCUGAUGCUGAUACAACAAUAUAACAACAAUGAAGGAAUCUAGACUUUUUAUCUAGAUGAACAGUGCAGUUUUUUGUAGAUAUUACAUUUUUUGGAAUUCUGUUUUUAAGGCGAUUUUUUAUAUGUUUUUAUGUUAGGCGGACUUUAGGACCACGGUUUUAAAAAACAGAAAAGUGAAGAAACAUACCUUUUUAUUUUUUUUUAUUUUAACCCUCCACCAUGGACUCCAAUAAAAAGAAAACAGAAAAUCAUACAGGUUUAGAACAGCAUGAGGAUGAGAAAAUGAUGACACACUUUUCUUUUUUGGCAAAUAACGGCCCCGUUGUUGAUGGCUGUUGGUACAGCUGUAAUUGGAUCACUGCAGUUUGGAUACAACACAGGAGUCAUCAAUGCACCUCAGAAGAUCAUUGAGAACUUCUUAAAUGAAACGUGGAAUAAGAGAUAUUCAGAGUUCAUACCGCCAGGCACACUAACAACACUGUGGUCUGUAUCAGUGGCUAUCUUCUCUGUAGGCGGCAUCUUCGGCUCCUUCUCAGUCGGUCUGUUUGUAAACCGAUUCGGCAGGAGGAACUCAAUGCUCAUUGUAAAUGUCCUGGCCUUCAUAGCCGCUGCUUUUAUGGGCUUCUCCAAACUGGCCGAAUCUUGGGAGAUGCUCAUAAUCGGACGCUUCAUUGUGGGUCUGUACUCUGGCCUGUCCACAGGCUUUGUACCAAUGUAUGUGGGAGAAAUUUCCCCAACUUCAUUACGGGGGGCGCUGGGAACUCUUCACCAGCUGGGCAUUGUUAUUGGCAUCCUCAUGGCGCAGAUCUUUGGCAUUAAAGAAAUCAUGGGGAACUCUACAAUGUGGCCCUUUCUGCUGGGCUUCACUUUUAUCCCAGCCCUCCUGCAGUGUGCCCUGUUACCUUUCUGCCCUGAGAGCCCACGUUACCUACUUAUCAACCAGAACGAGGAGGCCAAAGCCAAGAGUGCGCUGAAGAAGCUACGUGGAACUGAAGAUGUGGGUGAAGACUUGGAUGAGAUGAGGGAGGAGGGCAGGCAGAUGAUGCGGGAAAAGAAGGUCACCAUCCCCGAGCUCUUCCGAUCGUCUCUUUACCGUCAGCCCAUCUUCAUUGCCAUCAUGCUACAACUCUCCCAACAGUUCUCGGGAAUCAAUGCUGUUUUUUAUUACUCUACUGGUAUAUUUGAGGAUGCAGGAGUGUCUGAGCCUGUCUAUGCCACCAUUGGUGCUGGAGUUGUGAACACAGCAUUCACAGUUGUGUCUCUCUUCAUAGUGGAGCGGGCUGGUAGGAGAUCACUUCAUCUCAUUGGAUUGAUGGGAAUGGCUGUGUCUUCUGUUUUAAUGACUAUUGCUAUGGCACUGAUAAAACAAGUUCAAUGGAUGUCAUACGUCAGCAUUGUAGCCAUCUUUAGUUUCGUGGCAUUCUUCGAGAUCGGUCCAGGCCCUAUCCCGUGGUUUAUUGUGGCAGAACUCUUUAGUCAAGGCCCACGGCCUUCUGCCAUCGCCGUAGCUGGAUUCUCAAACUGGUGUGCCAACUUCUUGGUGGGAAUGUGCUUCCAGUAUGUUGAGCAACUGACAGGCCCGUAUGUUUUCAUCAUCUUCACCGUUCUGCUGCUGAUCUUCUUCGUCUUCACCUACUUUAAGGUCCCGGAGACAAAGGGCCGGACGUUUGAUGAGAUCUCCGCAAGCUUCCGCCAUGGGGCAGAUAAAUAUAAUCGAGAUGAUCUGAACGCACUCGGGGCAGACUCCCAACUUUGAGCUCUACUUUAUAACAAUAAAUUACACAUUAAUGCUAUCACUAACCAAGUGACAGUCCUUGAGUAUCAAACAGUGGGUAUGUUCACAGUGGCAUGCUGUCAUAUUACUCCUACUAUGAAUGCAGGAGAUUUUAAGGUGCAAUGUGUACAUUUUAGGAGGGUCUCUUGACAGAAAUGCAAUAUGAUAUACAUAACUAUAUUUUCAGUGGUGUAAAAAUACCUUGCAGCCAUACCUUUCUGUGGCGGCUAUUGUAGCUUCUAUAUGUGCUUCAGAAGGGAGGGGUGAGUGGUGGACUGAGCUAAUGGUUGCAAUUCACAAGCUCAGCGCUAGAUGCCGCUAAAAAUCUACACACUGCACCUUUAAUGUAGUAUCCAUAUGAUUGCACUCUUAACUUUUUAUAGAGGAGAAAGAAAGAGAGAGAGAGAGAGCGAGAGCGAGAGAGAGAGCGAGAGAGAGAGCGAGAGAGAGAGAGAGAGAGAGAGAGAGAGAGAGAGAGAGAGAGAGAGAGAGAGAGAGUUAUUAAAAAUUCAGCAGUCAACAUAAUAAAAUAAUUUAACAGUGUCCAGUAUACAGUGUAAUAUGAUGCACUGUAAAAACAGAUUUGUUGGUUCAAUUUAAAAAAGUCAUUUACCUGGGUCGCCUAAUAUUUUGAGUUCAUUCAACUUAAAAAUAUAAGAUUGUUGUCAACUAAUAUUUUUAAGGCAACCAGGUAACUUACUUUUUUAAUUUGAAGCAACUUUUUAACAGUGUACUCUAGAGGCAGUAUUUUAGUAAAGAUAUUCAAGAACAGGGCAAACACAGAGUAGCACAGGAACUUCCCAUUUAUUGCUUACAGCGUGUCCUAUAGUCACUGUUUAUUAAUUUUGUUUUUAUCAUUCUGAAAUGCUGAACAAUCUAAUAAUAAUAAUAAUAAUGACUAUAUAGUGUGUUCUUUUCGGCAUGUUAUACAUUGGCAUAUGGAAGGAAUUGAUAUAUUUGUGUACUACAAAAUCAUUUGAAUGAUUCAGCAUUCAAUUGCUCAAUUCAUCUUAGGAUACAGGCUUUCUUUUUGCACUUGCAAUUUUAAGAAAUAUUUUCUAUUGGCCAGUUAACCCACGCUCUAAAAAUGCCGGGUUGUCUUUAGCCCAUGGUUGGGUAACAUAUGGACAUUUUUUUUUAGGUUUAUUUAUCCCGUAAGUUGAUAAACAAUAUUUUUAGAUCGCAACCCAUAAUUUUUAUAGAGUGCAUGAUAGGGUCAGAAAUUAAUAUUGGAGACAUUUUUAUGUUGUCAGAUAUGUGUUCAUUUAUACUUGAACUGUGAUUUACCAAGGAUUAUGUCAAGAUUAACUAACAGAACAUUAUGUCUGCGUGUCUAAUACUUAUUGAGGCAUAAUGUCUUGUUUAAAUUGGAUCUUAUUUUAAACUUAAACAAAUUAACUAACUAAAAUAAUAUAUAAACAUCUUUCUACUGUAACUAAUAUUACUAUGGUAUGAUAUGCAUGUAAUAUGGUAAGAUGGUUAUUACAUAUGCAUAAUUGGUUUGAUUUUGUGCAUAUUGUUGAUGAUGUUUGUGUGAUUAUGAGAAUUUAGUAUAUUGUCAAUAAGUGCAAUACUUGUUCACCUAUUCUUGUCUAUUUAUUUCACAUAGUACUAGGCAUUAUAAAUAAAACAAGCUUCCAGUAGAGUUGACCAUUUCAUAUGUAAAAAUAUGUAUUUUUUGUGUAGAGACGUUUUUGUAGAGCAGAACUGUAAAUAAGUUCAGUUUUGCUCAAGUAUUAUUUCAAAUGUACUUAGUAUUCAACAUCAUUAAAGUUGACAUAUGGUUUUGUACACUGUGUCACAAAAAAUGCAUUAGAAGUACAAAAAAAUGUGCCAACCAAGACAUGA